GAGAAAUUGUAUUUACCAUCAUGCGUCAGAGUGAAUAUAAACCUUAUUCUAUUUCCAAACUGUAUACUGACAAAGACUGGUUUAUAGAAUACUGACUCUAAAUAUAUAGAUAACUCUAGUGUUAGGGUAUUUCUAAAACUAACUAUUGGUCUUGUUCUAUGUUUAUAACAAGUAGGACUUUUAUCUUAAAUGAUCCCUAUUCCCAAUACAUUUAGAACUGAGAAUUUGAGAAAGUUUCCCCAACAGCAACACUUCAUAAGUUUCCCGAUCUCUGAGAAAAGGUUAUUAAUUUCAGCUUCGAAGAUAUCUUGGACUGCAUGCAAAACUCAGCAUUGCUUUAAAUAGUCGUUCAGUAUACGGAAUGCUGAUUGAUUCUAAGGAAUUGAGAAUUGCUUAUGCUACACCAUCUUUAGCUGACGCUGUUGGAUGGCCAUGGAUAAAACUUUUAGGUGCUCCAUUACACAAACUUGUCAAAUUCACGGAAUCAUCUCCGAAUUCUAAGGAAAUUACAAAGAAAUUAUUAUCUAAAUCCCAUUGGUCUUCAUUAACCACUCAAUCAACUUUUAAUGCGACAAAAAAUGCUUCCAUCUCUGACUCUUCUUAUUCUCCCGUCACUUCUAACAACAAUAAUAAUUCCCCUGUAAAUAUUGAAUCAAAUAAUGAGUUCAGUCUACCUGAAUUUAUAACCUUAUCCAAGUUAAUUCCUUACAAACAACCAACAUUGUCUACAACAAAAAUUAAUAAACCCGAUGAUAUAAACUCCAAAUAUUCCCCAACUCUUCCUGUUAACACCAGAGGAUUUGACACCAGUUUCAAUAUAAACAGUGAAAUAAAUACUGAAGUUAAUUCUAUCAAAGAUAGGAUGGAGUAUAAAAUAUCUAAUCCUCAUCGAUUAAAACGUUCAGAUCGUUGUUCAACUUAUAACAAAUAUCCCCUUUCAUCAUCUGUAACAGGAGUGUCAUCUUCGAAUGCUACAUCAAAUACGAUUAGUUCAGGUGAUAAUAGUAGUAUUAAUAACAGUGAUAAUUUGACAUUUAAUGAUUGUAGUUCAUCAGCAACGAAAUCAUUUGAUCAAAAGACAUGGAUUAAUCCUACAGACAAUGAUAAUGAAUUGAUUUGUUACUGUUGGACCACUGCGAUAAUUAAUACGCUUGACGGGUGUUCAAGUGAAUUAAAUCAAAUUUUAGAUACAUUAAAUGUAUCUGAUGUAAAUAAUCCUACAGUCAAUAAUGAUUCUAAUAACAAUAUUGAUGAUAUUAGUAAAUGUUUAAUGGACGACGGAUUAUUGAUGGAUAUUAUCACCGAUAAUGAUGCAUUUUCGUCAGAUCCAUUAAACUUUGAUUCAUCAUGGCCUAGAUCACCUUCGUCUUCAUCUGUAACUAAUGCUACAAACAAUUCAUGCGAUUUCCUUGAUGAUUUUAGUUGGCCAACAUCUACUGGAUUAUAUUUAUGCCUUUUACAACCUAUAAAUAAUUACGGUUCAACAAUGUACCCUUCCACUGAAAAUACAGUGACUGAUACUGGUGUUACUACCAGCAAAGACAAUGACACUGUGGAUAGUGAUAAACUCUCUAAUUCAUCUCUUUCUGAACCAACUGAAGAGGAAGAAAAAUAUGAUUCUGCUGAAAAACCAGAUUGUCUCCUUCCUUCUACACCGUGUAAAAGUAUGAAUAGUAAUUGUUCUGAUAAAUCAGAACUGGAGUCAUCCAGCCUUGCCUUAUCAUCACCAUCAUUAUCAACACCGUUAUCAAUACCAACAUUGUCCCAACAAAGUAAUGAUUGUUCACAACCGAAAUCCUCCCACUGUCUUACAUAUUUAAAUUUUGCACUAAAGAUUGAGACAAUAGAGGGGAAUUAUCAGGAGUGUUUCAAUGUUAAUGAGGACAGCAGCUUAAUUGGCUAUUCUUAUUUGGAAUUUAUUCAUCCUGAUGAUUUACAACAAGUGAUUAAUAUUUUUGAUAAUGUAACACACACCAGUUCUCCCAGAUGGAUUAGUCCAUAUAGAAUAUCAGUACCAAAUGAAAAUUUAAAUAUUACAGUCGAAAAAUCAUUUCAAUGGAUACGCAGUUUAGUAUUUUACAAUAAAGUAGACAAGAUAUUUGUUUGUUUUCAUCGAUUCCUUGGAUUAUGCGAAUCCACGUCAUAUGCUGUCAGUUGUAAUCAACGACUGUGCUGUAAAGACUUUGAAAACUUACUUGCACAAUAUCAAUUCAAGACAAACAAUGACAAUCAAACGCCUCAAGUUGAAGUGAGCCAACCAACAACUUGUAAUACUUCAAACAAAUCUUCUGCUAAUAAUCAUAAUCAGACUAAAAAUAGACAAACUCGUUCAUCACAUCCAUCCAUUCGUCCUGUUCGUAUGAAAUCUUCAACGACAAAUAAAAAAUCUACAAAUACACUGGUGAAUAGCAGAAGUAAUAAUAAUAUGAAUAAUAAUAAUAAUAGUAAUAAUUCCAAACCAGUUAAAUUCUUUCCUAUUCAGUCUAUUCGACCGAUAAAGCAAAGAUUACCACAAGGAUGUAAUCAGAUCGUCUAUGCAAAUAAUCCCAUAAAAACAAUUCAGUUCCCAUUAUUACAUAACUCCAAAAAUAUCCGUGUGCCUUAUUCAUCUUAUUCAAAUAAUAACUUAUACAGCAGUAUUAAUAGCAACAACAACAACAACAAUGCUAGUCAUUUCCUUAUUAAUAGGGAAAAUAGUAUGAAUUCUGUUCUGAAUAUUUCAGCAAUUAAAUCUUCACUUCAUCCUAAUUUAUCAACUAUCCCAUAUUUUUCCAGAUCUGUAUUACCAGUGGUUAGUUACAAACCGUCAUCAUCAUCAUCAUUAUCAUCACCUUCAUCCUGCUCCUCCUCACUGCCAAAACGGAUAGUCUUUCUCUCUUCCUCUUCACCUUCAAUAACAAUGUCUACUGUACCAGGUUCUGUGAAGAAAUUUCAGUCCCUUACAACAUUUAGAUAUAAAAAUCGAACUAAUAAUAAAAAUGAUAGAUACACUGAUUAUCGGACUAUAAUACCUUGUACUACUAUCACUAAUAAUAAUGAUAAUAAUAAUAUGCGUUUCACAUAUUUACAGAUGAAUAAUUCUUAUAAUCAAAAGGUGUUAAUUCCUGAAACCAACCAAUCAUUGAAUACAUUUGAAACAAAUGGAAAAAGCAUGAAUAAUGGUCAGUGUAAACCUGGUGAUAAUUUAUCAGUCUUAACAGAUAACUCAUCUUCCCCAUCUCACUCAGGAUAUUCUCAUGAUUCAAGUACUUCCAAUUGUGUUAGCCCAAAUGAAUUCAAUCUUACUGACUUUGAUGUAAAUAUGCAAAUGGAAGCAACUGUCAGUGAAUUAUUGGCAUCAGUCCCAUCCCCAUGUAAAUCAGCUUUUGAAGAGGAUAAAAUUAUGCAGAUAGAUUCAAAUUCUAGUUUAUAUGACUCUGAUGUUAUUCAGUAUGAUGAAUCAAGUUUUCCUCCACUGACGGAUUCAAAUUUAGAUGGCGAAGAUUUCACUGGAUUUCAAUCGGAUUUCAUUAAUGAUUCGAUUAUUUUGAGUGGCUGAGAUAAAUAAAUUAAAUAUUGUCAAGUAAAAGGGAAUAGAAAAUCAACGUUGAAUAGGGGACAAAUCAAGGCAUUCAGCAUAUCUGACUUCUUUUACUGUAUUUCUUUCCGCCGACCAAAUAGAUCUUUCAUAUAUGUAUACAUAUGUAAGUGUAUUGCACACACUUUCUUAUCUCCUGCUUCUUUCUGCCUUCUCCUUAUAAAAACAAAAUGAGCAAUACAUUCAAAAUAAUUAUGAUAUAUUAUUAUGUAUCCAUAAUAAUAGUUAUUAACAAUAAUAAUAAUAAUACCUUGAUAAUUAUUUAACUUGUUUAUAGUAAUUUAUUUUAUAACUCAAUGAGAUUCAAUAAAUAUUUACAAGUAUUGAUGCGAUAAUAUGCAUAUAUUUUUACCUACCAACUGACUUUAUCCACCUAUCCGUUUUAUUUUUCAUCUUUCAUCCUUCACUUGUAACACCCUCAAAGCUACCUACCUAGGCUCCCUUUUCCUGCCAACUUCAGCUUACUAGAUCGUGCUCACACUGUUUAUACUCUAAAGCAAAACAAUCUAUGUAUAUUAUACAAGUAAGCAAGUGUGUAUUGAAUGAAUUAAUGUGAGUACUGUUUUAUAUUGUUGUAUACGAAAAUUAAACAAAAACUUGAACCAAAUUGAAAUAUAAUAAACAACAAUAACAAAAA